CGCAUAGCGCGUCUUCAUACAGCCCCAACCUUGGCAAUGAUUCACACUAUUUUCUUCUAAUAAUACUUGAAAAUUUCACAUUUUACAAAAAAUAUUAUGUAAUGGUUCUAUUUCGGUGUCAGUGAUAUUGCGGCUCAAGCUGGAUGCGAAAUUAGUUUGUGAUCAUGGAUAAAUUUUUAGCUCUAUUGGUCCUCUUUGCAAGUCUUUCAGUAUUAAGAUGUCAAGAAGAGGAAGCAAUAGGCGGUAGUGCAGAAAUUCCAACUUCAACAGGAAAUCCAAACUACUCGUUCAGCUAUGGCGUGGCCGACGCUGGUACUGGAGACAUUAAGUCUGUGUGGGAAACGAAAGAAGGUGACACAGUGAAAGGUCAUUACAGCGUGGUAGAACCAGAUGGAUCUAUGAGAACUGUAGAAUACUCAGCGCAUCCAAAAACAGGUUUCACAGCAGUAGUCAAUAACGGAGGGGAGAAAAUAGACCAACCCGAAAGUGGACGAAGUUUCGAAGAUAAAGCCAUGAGGGAGUAUGGAAAGUUUGAUUUUGGUGACGAACCAGAAUUUGACUCAUAUUUGCCCCUUGACAAUAAAAAGAAAUCAAGACAUCCAUUUGACACUGAAUUUAAGGACUACUCUUCAAAAAAACGACCUAAGUUUCCAACAGAUUUGGAGUCCAGCGAGUUUUCUCACAGUGUAUCUAUAAAACACCCUCGUGAUGAAACAGGGGCUGCAAGUGAAUCCCACAGCCACUUUGGACUUGAUAUUGAUCCAAAUUGUAAACAUAAACACAAACAUUUCGGUGCCCAAAGCGCAGGCACCAAUUUAUACACUAAUGUGGCCGACGGUGCAAGAUAUCCACCGUUACUGACAACUGACAGCUUUGUGCAACCGUCUACGCUCAAUUUUGAUAAAUAUAUUAACCAAUAUGACUUUGGAAACAAAUUACCAAAACUUGAACCUAAUUUGAACUAUGAGAAAUUAGUAAGCCCUUACGCUUUAGCUGGAAGGAUACCACCUUUAGAAGGUAGGUACCCGACUGUACAAGAAUUUGAACUAAAAAAUAGAUACAGGUAUCCGUUCGUUCCUGAUAUCCCAUCUGUAGAAAGUGUAUAUGAUGAUGAUGUGCCUGUUCGACCUAAGAAGAAAUAUAGACCUUAUAAAGAAUCUGACUAUCGUUAUCCAAGUGAUGACCCUGAAAAUUACUGGCCUAAAAAGAAAAGGAAGAAUCCUCCGAGAGACAGAGACCCUGAUCUUUCGGAUGAAGAUGACGAAUACGAGCGACCAUCUCGUUAUCCUGACGAUGACGACGAACAACCUACUCGAAAUAGAGGCAAAGGCCCGAAAAAAGAAGUAAUUCGUAAGAUUAUAAAAAAACGAAAGCCGGGCUUCAACAUAUUAGAUAUCUUGGAUAUUUAAGAAUAGCGCUUAAUACAAAUUAGGUUACAGUGAAUAGUACUCGCUUUGAAAUGUUGUUGACAUGAUAAUCACAAUACGUGAAAUGAUGGUUUAGAGAAAGGAUUUGCUCAAACUUCAUUGUUAUUUAUUUUACACGAAAAUUUAUUUCAAAUAGAACCUUAGUCGAGGACUAAAUUAUAUCGAGUUCUUAGGUUUUCGCGAUUGUUACACAUAGGA